AUGUCGGAGGAGAGAAAGGUGCCUGAUACUCAAAAGUCAUCUGUAGACAAGGGCAAAUCUUUGGCGAACAUUGUGUCAUCCUCCGCCAAUUUGCUUUCGGAUAUUUCUAGAGGAACCAGCGGUGUCGAAAUGGAAUUAUCCGGACUGAUGAGUAGAAUCGAUAACGCCUCAAAAGGUGGUUCUUCUUUUACGCCGGCUGCUUCAGUUGCGCGCAUGAAGGAGUACGCCGAAGUUGUGAAGCAUUCCGAAUUACCAUCGCACUCUAGUAAAGUGGGAUUUCGCGGCCCACAAACGGUCGAAGAUCUGGAAUGGGUUCUUUGGGAAAACUCGAUUGACAAUUUUGAAAAUAACUUCAUAGGCGUGCCCGACUAUCAUUAUAGGCAAGGUGCCGCCGAUCUUGAGCAAAAAGAUGAUGGCGAUGAGGUUCGAAGAUUUUUAAAUCUCAAUUUUUACACCAGCGAAAUUUACGAUCCUGCUGAUCACCAUAAAGAACUUUCUUCGCGAAUGCUAUUGGAAUCAGCUGCCGUGAACGAUUUCCUGGAUGCGCCGGAUAUCGUAACGUACCUGAAGCAAACGAGAUACACUCAUGACGUGUAUGGGCUUCCCGUUUUUUUGAGAAAUUUUAUUAAAGAAGCGAAAGACGAGAUUGUUAGCGGGAAGGAUUCCACAAGCGAAAGUGGUCAUCACAAAACUGCAAUUGAAAGGUUGACAAUGGUGAGAGAUCAUUUAAUACGGAUGAAGGAAAGUCGUGAGAAGGAGCACAUUAUGGAGCGCGCGUGGAACGAUUUUUGA